GCCGUCUGGUGGCUUGCGGGGGUUGCCUUUCCCAUGGGAAGUCGGGAACAUAAUGUUUGUUACGUUGGGAGGGAAAGGGGUGGCUGGAUGCAGGCGGGAGGGAGGCCCGCCCUGCGGCAACCGGAGGGGGAGGGAGAAGGGAGCGGAAAAUGCUCGAAACCGGAGGGAGCCAUUGCUCUCGCGGAGGGAGGAGCGCUUCCGGCUAGCCUCUUGUCGCUGAUUGGCCGUUUCUCCUCCCGCCGUGUGUGAAAACACAAAUGGCGUAUUCUGGUUGGAGUAAAGCUCCUGUCAGUUACACCGUCGGGAGUGCGCAGCCGCUUAGCGACUCUCGCGUUGCCCCCUGGGUGGGGCGGGUAGGUAGGUGGGGUGGAGAGAUGCUGGGUGUGCGGGCGCGGCCGGCCUCCUGCGGCGGGAGGGGAGGGUCAGUGAAAUUGGCUCUGGCGCGGGCGUCCUCCCACCCUCCCCUUCCUUCGGGGGAGUCGGUUUACCCGCUGCCUGCUUGCUUUCGACACCUGAUUGGCUGUCGAAGCUGUGAGACCGGGCCCUUGCUACUGGCUCGAGUCUCACAUGAGCGAAACCACUGCGCGGGGCGCGGGGGUGGCGGGGAGGCGGGCGUUGGUACGGUCCUCCCCGAGGCCCAGCGCCGCAGUGUCUGGCCCCGCGCCCCUGCGCAACGUGGCAGGAAGAGCGCGCUGGAGGCGGGGGCGGGCUGCCGGCCGAGACUUCUGGAUGGCGGCGGCCGCGGCUCCGCCCCGGGUUCCCACCGCCUGAAGGGCGAGACAAGCCCGACCUGCUACAGGCACUCGUGGGGGUGGGGGAGGAGCGGGGGUCGGUCCGGCUGGUUUGUGGGUGGGAGGCGCUUGUUCUCCAAAAACCGGCGCGAGCUGCAAUCCUGAGGGAGCUGCGGUGGAGGAGGUGGAGAGAAGGCCGCACCCUUCUGGGCAGGGGGAGGGGAGUGCCGCAAUACCUUUAUGGGAGUUCUCUGCUGCCUCCCGUCUUGUAAGGACCGCCCUGGGCCUGGAAGAAGCCCUCCCUCCUUUCCUCCUCGCGUGAUCUCGUCAUCUCCUCCAUGUCGAGUCGCUUCUCGAUUAUGGGCGGGAUUCUUUUGCCUAGGCUUAAGGGGCUAACUUGGUGCCUGGGCGUUGCCCUGCAGGGGAGUCAGCAGCUGUAAGAUUUGAGGGGCGACUCCGAUUAGUUAUCUUCCCACGGACUUGAGUUGGUGUCGAGGUUAUUGUAAUAAGGGUGGGGUAGGGAAAUGGAGCUUAGUCAUUCACCUGGGGCUGAUUUUAUGCAACGAGACUGCGGAUUAUCACUACUUAUCAUUUUUGGAGCAUUUUUCUAGAGACAGACAUAAAGCAUGAUCACCUGAGUUUUAUACCAUUUGAGACCCUUGCUGCACCACCAAAGUGUAGCAUCAGGUUAAAUCUUAAUAGAAAAAUUUUAGCCUUUGCUUGAGAAACCAGUGCUUCCCUCCCCCACCCUCUCUCCCCAGGCUUUCUACCCCUUUGCAUCCCUACCAGGCAUCUUAGCAACUCUCACUCAUACUUGAUCCCAUUUUCCAUUUGUUGUACUUGCUCCUCUAGUAUUCAGACAUAGCACUAGCUUUCUCCCUCUCUUGAUCUUGGGUAGCCUGGUGUCUCGCGAAAACCAGACAGAUUGGUUCCACCACAAAUUAAGGCUUGAGCUGGGGCUUGACUCUUACCCAGCAGUGCUUUUAUUCCUCCCUAGUUCACGUUCUUAAAUGUUUACCUUGAUUUUCAUUUUAUCCUUUUUCCUUAGCUGGGAUUCUAUCCCUGACCGUCUUCACAGUCCAGGUGAUCUUGACUACUGCUUUACAGAGAAUUGGAUCUGAGGUUAGGCAACAUCUCCCUUUUUCUUCCUCUAAAUACCUCUCAUUUCUGUUCUUACCAGUUAGUAACUGAUCUCAGAUGCCUGUGUGAUAGCUUCCAAAUUGCUGUCUCUGUCUUUAGUGUUAUCUUUUGAUCCAUCUUACAUCUUGUUAGGAUGAUUGUCCUAAAGGAAGAUAGAGCAUGAAAAUGACAGAUGAAACUCCAUUACUGGCUUGUACUGUUUACAGCAAGUUGUCUAACCCGCGGGCCGCAUGGGACCCAGGACAGCUUUGAAUGCGACCCAACACAAAUUCGUAAACUUUCUUAAAAUUUUAGGAGUUUUUUUUGCGGGGUUUUUUUUUUGUUGUUGUUGUCUGUUUUUUUUUUGCUCAUCAGCUGUCCUUUAUAUGUGGCCCAAGACAAUUCUUGCAGUGUGGCCCAGGGAAGCCAAAAGAUUGGACACCCCUGGUUUACAGGAUGAAUUCUGUCCUCGUGAAUGUGAUGCAUAAGGUCCCUGGAUAGACUUUCCUCAAUUUAACAGCUUUUUCAUUUUUCACUAUUUUCCACAUACUACACACACAAACAUGACCUCUCUCCUGAAGUCACAUGGAAUGAAUUGCAGUUACCCAAAUCAUAGAGACGUCAUAUAUCUUUGUGGGGUGGUUCUUUUUGGAAUGCUACCCUUGCUGCUUUUAAUCCUGCAGAUUCAAAUGUCAUCUCCCCUUUGGUCAUGCCUUCCAUGGUCUGUUGUUCUAUGAGCCAAACUCCCCUUUUAAAAAAGCAGUUUUCUUCUGACUCCUGAGCAGUUUGUACUGCGUGGGUCAUAGUACUUGUGGGGUUGUCAUUGCUGAUUUAAAUUAUCUUAACUUCUGAGCUUUUUGAAGGAACAGUGUCUUGUACUCCUGAGCUCCUAGUAUAUUCUGAUGUCUAGCCAACUUUAAGUAAAUGGAGUGAGCGACAUGUAAAUGUCUUUAUGGUUUGACAUUUUAUUAAUCUUAAGCAUUGGAAAAGUGGCUGGUAUGACUAAAGAACUGAAUUUUUAUUUUUUAUCUAAUUUGAAUUGCAACUGUGGGCAGUGUAGCUGUAGCCCCGGACUUGUUCUGUGGAUUACAGAAUACGUGAACAUUGAUGGUUUUCUCUUUUUACUGAGCAGUAAGGAAAUAAAAGCUGAAGCUCUCUGGCCCAUUACAUUUCAUUUAACUGCUUGUUUUGUUUUAUUUAUUAUAUAUUUAGCUGAAAGCUAAGUCCAACAAACCAUUUUUAAAGAUGUGCCUGCCUUGGACAACAGUGAAAGCAAGUGUUAAUGAGUUUGGAUUUCCAAAAAAAUGCAUAAUGAAUUUUAGGGAGGUGAGAUUCCAUUAAACUGUUACAGGAGCUACAUAGUUAAAUAUAUCAGAACUUGAAUGAAGAAUAGGUCUGUGUGAUACAAAUGAACCCAGCCUAAAUUUCUGUCCUACAAGUUUUCACUUCCUGGAAACACUUGAUUGGAGGAGCUCUAAGCAUCAUAUCUUGAGUUAUAGAAAACAAUCACAAAGUAAGUUUUAUCCUGAGGAAUUAUAAUACCAACAUUUUAACACCAAAUGCUUUUUAUAUUGCUAAUACAGUAUCUUACACAUUUUAAUUAUCUUUUUUUUUUUUUUUUGAGACGGAGUCUUAGUGUCACAUACUGGAUUGCAAUGGCAUGAUCAUGGCUCACGCAGCCUUGACUUCCUGGGCUCAAGUGAUCCUCCUGCCUCAGCCUCCUGAGUAGCUGGAACUACAGGCACACGCUUCCAUGCCCAGCUAAUUUUUUUGUGUUUUUUUUUUUUGUAGAGAUGGGGUUUUGCUGUGCUGCACAGGUUAGAACUCCUGGGCUCAAGUGAUCUUCCUCCCCUAAGCUUCCCAAAGUCCUGGGAUUACAGGUGUGAGCCACCGCACUAGGCCGUUAAAUAUACUUUUAAAAAAGACCCUUAGGUCAGCGGUGUUCAGACCUCCUGUGUGUGGAGACAGUUGUCUUAAUGUAGAUUCUCAGAUCACCCAAAAAUUCUGAAUUCUUUUGGGGAAGGUGGAACCCCACAGGGCAGGCAGUAUAACUCAGUAUCUUCAAGUUCAUUUGCUGACUCGGAUAUGCCUAUUUACCUGCCAAAAAUGAUUACAGUUUCAGAGAGACUCUUCUCAAUUGUAUAGUAUGUGACCCUCAAUUUUUCCUCAAAUGAACUGUUUUUUCCUCCUCCUAAAAAAUAACAGAAUGGGAAUUUUGAGAGGCAAAGAGAAAUAGUAAUUAAUAUUUUUGGAAACUUGCAGGUCAGGUUUUCCUUUUAAAAGGAAUGUUGAAAUAUAUUCUUUCGAACAAGAGAAGUUCACCUUAUUUGUGUUUCUCCUGCUUAAUUGCAAUCCUUAAGGAAAGUGAUUUUUCAGUGCCUAAGCACAGAGCUGGAAGCUCAAUAAAUGUUAGUUUUGUUGGUUUAUACGUGAAAUUGAUUCUCAAGUAAUAGUUAAGCUCAGAAAACAUAUAAACAAGGCUUUUUGGGAGAGACUUCAGGGUCCCAUUUAACCUACAUCUCCUAAUAUUCUAUUCAUAGAGGAAACUGAUGCCUCAUGGUCUCUGAGUACAUCUAUCCCACCAUUCAGUUCUUCUUUGGGUUUCCUGUACUAACCAUUGCAGUUAUCCUUUUCCUGCACUUUACUUCCUUGGGCUUUUUGUUUAAAUUAACCAGCUACCUAUCUCCUUUUCAAGUAGUUACAUACUAUUUCUUACCCUUAUAAGACAAAUUUAUUAAGUAUAUUACACGCUUGUACUUGGAUGAGAAAGCUGGUGAAACUUUUGUCAGGGCUAGUGUGUGUGUGAGAUUUGCAAAAUGUAAACAGGUUACUUCCAUAUAUUUUUUGUGAGUGGAGGUUUGGCAUAAUCAUAUAAUUCUAGUUUACAACACUCUAGUUUGAUUGUUAGGUUAAUUGUAGAGCACCUUGUUAGGUCACAAAUCCAGAAGUCUGGUACUGGACUUUGCAGGUUGCUUUCUUAGUGGCAUAUUAGUUUAUAUUAGAGCACAUACUUCUCAAGAAGACUUUUUUUUCUUAUCCGUGACUCUCUCUUCUUGAGAUUGGAUAAUAUAUUGGAUUAUUAGAGAAGUGUUAGUAUUGAAUCAAAUAGUUUUAUUUUAUCUAGACCAGGGUUAAACCUGAUGAAUUGUUUCUCCUCUUCUUAUGGAGUAUAUCUUCUUGGUGACAAAGACUUUCUGCCUCUGAUUUUUAUCUUAGUCGUGGUUACAUUUAAUAAUCCUGCUUUCCAGCUUUUUUUCUAGAGAUCAGUCAUCAGUGACCUUUUGUCUUGAUACCUUGUCACCUUUUGUUUUCUGGUUUUGGGUUUUUUUUUUUCUUUUUUAAACAUAUGUAACAUUGGCUUUUCCUGCUGACAACAGUAACAGAGUUUCAGAUCAUGUUUAUAGAAUGGUUAUUUCAUCACCUAACUAAUCUCACCUCUAGUGUAUGGAUUCUGGUAAAGUCAGUCAACAGUCUUCACAGCCUUUUCUAUUUUUACUGACCUUGAUUUAAAAUCUAAUCUUAGACCUUGAGGUAUUGCUUACGAAUAGUGUAAUAAUGAGGUACUACUUAUAACAAAUAAUGGUAACAUACUCUAGUGCAUACUAUAGGCAAAAGCUAAUGGAAACAUAGGUAGAAGAAAUGAAGUAAUAGUUAUUGAAUGCUUUUUGUGUACUGCAGAUGUGGAAACAGGAAGAGAACUAGAACUGGAAGUAAAGCAUUGAAGAUGUGACUGAAUUGCUGCAAUCUCAUGAUCAAAUUUGAAUGGAUGAGGAGUUGCUUUUUAGGGAUGAGCAAAGAAAGUGGUUUCUCGAGAUGGAAUCUACUGGUGAAGUUGCUGUGAACAUUGUUAAAAUGCCAAUAAAGGAUUUAGGAAUUACAGAAACCUGGUUGAUAAAGCAGUGCCAGGGUGUGAGAGAGUUGACUUCAAUUUUGAAAUAAGUUCCACUGGCUGGGUGUGGUGGCUCACACCUGCAAUCCCAGCACUUUAGGAGGCCGAGACUGGUAGAUCACUUGAGGUCAGGAGUUCAAGACCAGCCUUGCCAACAUGGUGAAACCCCACCUCUACCAAAUUAGCCAGGUGUGGUGCACACCUGUAGUCCCAGCUACUUGGGAAGCUGAGGCAGGAGAAUCUCUUGAACCAAGGAGGAGGAGGUUGCAGUAAGCUGAGAUGGCGCCCCUGCACUCCAGCCUGGGUGACAGAGUGAGACCUUGCGUUUAAAAAAAAAAAAAGGAAAAGGAAAAAAAAUUUCUACUGUGGGUAAAAUGCUAUCAUGCUAUGAAACAGCAUCACAUGCUACAGAGAAGUCUUGGGAAAGGAUGUCAGUGUGGCAAACUUCAUUGUCUUUUAAGAAAUUGCCACAGCUAUCCUAAUCUUCAACCACCACCACCCUGAUGAGUCAGUAGCCAUCGUUAACGUUGGCGUAAGACCCUCCACCAGCAAAAAGAUUGUUAGCAUUUUUUUAGCAGUGAUGUAUUUAUCAAUUAUACAUAAUGCUAUUGUACACUUCUUAAUAGACUAUGGUAUAGUGUAACCAUAAUUUAUGCACUGGGAAACCAACAAAUUCAUGAGAUUCGCUUUAUUGUAGUGCUCUGGAAUUGAGCCUGCAGUGUUUCUGAGGUUGCUCCUUGAGGGCAGGACAGUUCUUAUGGCUUUAUCCGUUGCCUAAGCACAGAGAGGUCUGCGAGGUCAAAACUAUUGUCAUGAUAGCAAGAUGCCUGUCUUUUUCAUUUAUUCUCACAGUGUGCAGAGGCUACAUGAUGUGUGAUGACAUCCUCACUGAUGUUAAUGAAUGGUGCUAUACUUGAAUUUUCUAAGGUGUCAUUAGGUAGGUUUAGGUAUGCAUACUUGUUUUUAGAAAUUAUUUUUUCCCUUUUUCCCAUUUUUAGAAAUCAACUCAUUUUUUAGGUUAUGCCUUCAGUAAUCUUUGCAACCUCAAUAUUGUGCAAUGGUUACUUUAAAAUAUUGUAGUUUUCUUUGUGCCUAAGUAUAAACAUAAGUACAUUUUGUUGUUUUGUUUGCAAUAGUGGUUUAAAUAUUUUCCCAAAAUAUCCAAAUUUAAAAAUUCUACAACUUUAGAAUUUAAUAAAUUUAUUCUAAAAUAUUUAUAUAUUUUUUCAUUUAAGAAUGGAUCAUUGGCUUAAAAAGACUGCUUCUCAUUUACUUAUUGGCUAUACCAUGUGUAUACUAAUAAAAAACAAGAUUUGAUUUGGAAGGACUGACUCAAACUAACGAAAAUAUGAAACCUGUCUUUCUGCUUUGGAGAUAUUUACCUUAUCAUGUUCUGCAGUAGAAUAAUUUAGUUCUUUUGUCUUUUUUUGGAGAUGAGGUCUUGCUGUGUUGCCCAGGCUAUUCACAGCUGCCAUCAUAGUGAACUACAGCCUGAAACUCCUGGGUUCAAGAGAUCCUUCUGCCUCAGCCUCCUGAGUAGCUGGAACUAUAGGCAUGCACCACCAAGCCUGGGCUUUUAAAAAAAUUUUAAAAAGAAUUUUGAGACAGGAUCUUGCCAUGUUGCUCAGGCUAGUCUUCAACUCCUAGCCCUGAGUGAUCUUGCUUUGGGCCUCCCAAAAUGUUGAGUUAAUAGGCGUGAGCCACCAUACCCAGCCAAAAAUUUUUUUAGAGAUGGGAAUGGAAUGAUUUUGAAUAGUGCUGGUGCCACCUAUGUUGUGGCAUCAUUUUGAAACCAAUCAUUCAGAGUGCUUUUUUUGGUAAGGCAUUAUUUUUUAAUGCAGGUGUGCCACUACUGAAAAAAAAAAAACAGGUUUUAAAGCUAGAAAUGAAAAAGCUACUUAAGUAUCUUAAAGGAUAAGUUACUUUAUUAUACACUAGAAACAUACACAAUAGCUGAAAAACUUAAAAAAUCUCACAUUGCUGAAUGUCUCUGCUGGCUGAAGUGUAAGUAAAAGAUCAUAGUAGUGCCGCUGUUGAGUGAUACAGCAACUUGUCAUUAAAGAUGUGUGUGCAGACAUGGA